AUGUCUCCCGAGGCUUCACUUCAAAUGCUUCGAUAUGCAUUGAUGCCUUUGUUGCUUGGUCUUGCAAGAUCGCAGACGUCCUAUGAGUCAAUCUACACUCUCGACGCAUUCUCACAACAGCAGAGCUGUGUACAGAGCUGCUUCGUCGGAGGGUAUGCUGAUAUCGACUGCUUCUCGGACGUCCUAGGGUCGGCACUCGGUUGUCCAAACUCACCAUGCAGCAAAACCUUCGCCGCGGUUGAUAACUGCUAUUGUCGAGGAGAUCUCCAGACAGCGGCUUAUGACUUCCUCUCAAGCUGCAUCGACGAAACAUGCAGCGUAGGCGACAACGCUGUGAAUCUUGCGAAUGCUGCUAGCAUUUAUUCUGGUUACUGUACACAGAGGGGAUUCACCGCUCUUGCAGCGCAGAACACGGCAACCACCACAACAGGCUCUUCGGAUGGCGAUUUACAAGCUGCGCAACCAAGUUCCAGAACGGGUAGCACAUCCUCACCUGUGGCAACCGGUUCAACAGGAUCCUCGUCUUCCAGUCCCUCCUCGUCUGCAUCCUCGUCCGGCACGAGCCCCUUGACCAUUGCUCUGGCAGUCGUCGGGUCUGUCGCUGGUAUUGCCAUCCUGGCCGCUGGCUAUGCGUUCUUGAAAAUCAGGCAGAGAAGGAAUGUACCAUAUCAGGGGCCUGUGAGCCUGACGCCAUGGCUAGACAAUCCCUCUUCUCAAAAGAUGCGGUUCGAUGGCGCAUCAACCGAGAUAGACGUCUAUCCAAACGAAUCUGCAUCUCAAAUUGGUCUCCCCACGAACAUGGGACCAUCGUACCCACACUACCCAGUUCCUCCCAGUGCCAUCUCGUCAAAUCGUCCUGGACACAAUCAGUCCACGGUCGGCCCUGGGUUUAACUACCAUCGGCACUGA